UGGGUUGCUAAGGAGAUGGGACGCUGUAACUUGCUGAGCAGUUGGGACCCUGAAAUCCUUUAACUGACCUCAGCAAAGCGACUGCCCUGCGUUGCCUCUUUCCAUAUCUGCACUCCUCCUUCAUCCAGAAUUUUUUUUUCUUGACUCUUUCCAUGGAAGACUCGACGUCCCCGAAGCGAGAAAAAGCAAACCAAGAUCCGAGGGAAGCAGGGCAGCCAUGGGAAGAAGUAACAGCAGCUUCUUCCCAAGGUCUUGAGUCUGGGUUAUCUGAGCCCUUGGAAUUGGAGCAGGGGCUGGAAACUGGACCCCAACCCAGAAGCCCUCCUCAGAGCCCACAGUCCAGAGCCAGCAUCCCUCUGGAUGACCUCACAGGACCAGGUGCAUCAUAUCCACCUUCCCCUCCACAGGAGGCCUCUUACACUCCUUCUCCCCCGGCUCUGCCCAGACAGGACCUUGCAGCGCCAUGGCAGUCAGACAAAACCACUAGUGUGAAUCCCGAAGCUGGGACACCUCACUUCCACCAUUUGGAACAAUCGUCUGAUAAAGGAGAAUCGACUGCUUCUCACACAUUCCAAUCAGAGGGAAGCACCUUCCGACAGUCUCAGCAAACCAAACAUGACCUGCAUGGACCAGAAGAUGUGAACUAUAACAACUCUAAACAAAAAGAGCUGAGAUUUAACAUCUUUCAGGACGAAGACUCAAACAGUAACUAUGAUCUGGAUUACGCUGAACCUGGGGUCUCUGAACUGGCCCCCAGCAUGCUUGAGAUCACCAUUCAGAGUGCUAAGGCUUACUUACAGAAGACUAGUAGCAAGUCUGGCUUAAAUUUGUAUGAUCAUCUUUCUGAUAUGCUCGCCAAGGUCUUAGAUGAGCGUCCGGAAAAUGCUGUGGAUAUCAUUGAAAGUAUCAGCCAAGAUGUGAAGAUGGGACAUUUUAGGAAAAAAUUAGAUACACUCCAAAAUGAGAAUGAGAUGCUUCCAACAUAUGAGAUAGCAGAGAAGCAAAGGGCUCUUUUUCUCCAGGGAAAUUUGGAAGGAGCUGACCAAGAACUAGAAGAUGAAAUAGCAGAAAACGCUCUCCCAAAUGUAAUGGAGUCAGCUUUUUAUUUUGAACAAGCUGGAGUUGGUUUGGGCACAGAUGAGACUUAUCGCAUAUUUCUUGCCCUCAAGCAGCUUACUGACACCCACCCCAUCCAAAGAUGUCGUUUCUGGGGCAAGAUCUUGGGUCUGGAAAUGAAUUAUAUUGUAGCUGAAGUAGAAUUCCGUGAGGGAGAGGAUGAAGAGGAUGUGGAAGAGGAAGAUGUAACUGAAGAGAGGGACGAUGCAGAUAGCGAAGCUGAUGAAGAUGACGAAGACCAAUUACCAAGGACCUUUUACAAGACCCCACAGGCUAUACCAAAAGAAGAAAACAGGACGGGUGCCAACAAAUAUGUGUAUUUUGUUUGCAACGAACCAGGAAGACCAUGGGUGAAGUUACCCUCGGUUACGCCUGCACAAAUUGUUACUGCAAGAAAAAUAAAGAAAUUUUUCACUGGGCGUUUAGAUGCUCCCAUCAUAAGCUACCCACCUUUCCCGGGAAAUGAGAGCAAUUACUUACGAGCACAAAUUGCCAGAAUUUCAGCAGGGACCCACGUCAGUCCUCUGGGAUUCUAUCAGUUUGGUGAAGAGGAAGGAGAGGAGGAGGAAGAGGUAGAAGGCAGACGAGACAGCUUUGAAGAAAACCCUGAUUUUGAAGGCAUCCAAGUGAUCGAUCUCGUGGAAUCCCUAUCCAAUUGGGUUCAUCACGUGCAACACAUUCUGUCCCAGGGCCGCUGUAAUUGGUUUAACCCCAUACAAAAAAGUGAGGAGGAAGAAGAAGAGGAAGAUGAAGAAAAAGAAGAAGAGAAAGGAGAAGAGCCUGACUAUACAGAACAGGAAGUGGGGCCACCUCUUUUGACACCAAUCUCUGAAGAUUUAGAAAUCCAGAAUAUACCACCUUGGACAACACGGCUAUCCUCAAAUCUCCUUCCUCAAUAUGCUGUUGCAGUCCUUAGAUCCAACCUUUGGCCUGGGGCAUAUGCCUUUUCCAAUGGCAAAAAGUUUGAAAAUUUCUACAUAGGCUGGGGUCACAAAUAUAGUCCAGACAACUAUACACCCCCAGCUCUACCACCAGUGUAUCAAGAAUACCCCAGUGGAGCAGAAAUUACAGAAAUGGAUGAUCCUACUGUGGAAGAAGAGCAGGCUUUCAGAGCUGCACAAGAAGCAGCUGUUCUUUCAGCUGAGGAAAAUGAAGAAACUGAGGAAGACGAAGAGGAGGAUGAUUAUGACCAAGAAUAAAAUUAUCCCAGGGUCAAAAUGGAAGACUGAACAAAAGCACAAAUCUCUCUUACCACGAUAAUAAAAGAAAAAGUUAAUAAUACACA